GCCUUGGCUGCAUUGGACAGGAAGGACGGCUGGCGAGCAAACCCACCCAGAUUUUAGAGCAAUACAAAUCCAGGCGGAAAAUCCAAUCAAAGAAAAAGGCAGGAAAGAGCGAAAGGCUCGGCUCGACCGCGACCAGCUGCCUGCGGCUCGAGACACAUGGCCCAUCGAAAGUACAACUAACCGGCGGACUAUGUACACAGUAGACGGUUUGGUGCGACUUGACUUACAUCACGAACGCCAGGAGCCAAAGCUUUCUGGAUGAGUUACCCGGCCAGCCCCGUAAAUCCAUUCCGUGGGCUAGCUAUCCCACGAGCUGUCGUGCUACGGGAAUAUGCAUAGGGCUGACCGUCGGCAUCAAGGGUCACAUCGCCCGCAGACCCCUUUUUGGUACGAUGGUCGAUGUUCAGCACACGAAUCCCUUCAGCUGAACGCCACCCUGAGUUUGCUGUGUCGCAAAAAGGUUAAUACGGGGGCCCAGCAAGCCUCCCUGCGGGAAGGGAUCUACUUUAUUGACGGCUAGAUGCUUUCACACGAAAAUCAAGAGCUCUCGGCUCUCGUAUUGCCCACCAGUCAUGAGCGGGCACGCCUGCCACCGCGGCAGCUGGUCUUUACGGCUGCCUUGUUGGUGAACAGUAGAAGGAGGAAAGGGCAGUUGAGCUACAUCCGAGUAUAAAGUGUGUCCGAAAAUCUCCAGAAGCCUUUCGAAUUAGGAUAUUGCCUGUUCUCGCGCAUACAACCAUGCCUUCUUACAUUCCCCUUAUCCUCCUGGCCUUGGGCAGCGUGGUGACUGCCGAGACCUGUCACGCCAACAACUGCCUGCGGGCUGUGCGGGCCACGCAGUUCCCCACACGCCUCGACGAUUGCGCUACCAACUUUGCCGUCACCGUCACGCCCUCGGCCUCGACCGUCACCGUCACGGCACACGUGACCACCACGGUGGCGCCAGUCCUCCGCCGGCGCGCCCUCCUGGACACAGACCUCCGCAACCCCAAGCUCGCCGAACGGGCCGCUCAACUCGGCGCCGACGCCAAGGCCCUCGCCGAGCGCAACACCAACACGCCCGUCCCGACCUACGCCACGGCCUGCGCCGACUUCGCCGCCUACUCGAGCGCGUGCUUCUGCGCCGGCGCCACCCAGGCCACCGUCACGGCCGCGGCGCCCGUCACCAGCACCACCACCACCGUGACGGCCACGGCCACGGCCACGGCCACGACCUCUCCCUUCCGGGGCUGCCGCGACGUGCGCGCCAACGCCGGCACGUUCGAGGCCAACUUCAACCGCGGCUGGACCUACGUCACCGAGGGCGACUUCCCCUACAGCGACGCCGGCCUCGACGCCUGCUGCAACCUGUGCGUGUCCAAGGGAAACUGCCUGGUCUUCGGCAUCCGCGUCCCCAGCGCCGGCGGGCCCGGCGGCCGCGCCUGCGAGAUGUUCAUCGGCACCUCCGGCGAGGACCUGCCGGGCGUGAGCCCCGCCUGCCCCUUUGGCGCCGUCAACGGCCAGGUGGUCGGGUACGGCCACUCGCUCGACCACAUCGCCCAGGGUCCCUGCUUUGGCAUGCCGCCCCAGAACGAGUGGGUGUUGCGUUGAAGAGUUGUAUGCGGUGGGCCAGAUGGACUUGAUUCUGGUGCGGAGGAGCUAGAAGGAAUCAUGUAAGGGUAUUGAGACUGUCGGGCGGCUUAUACACGUGCUAGUGAGGGCUAUCAAGGAUUCAUCGGCCUCGGAGAUGGGAUGACGAGAAUCGAGUGACAUGGGGAAUUGCAGGCUAUGGUCUGCCAACCAGGUUCGGACUCGGCCGAAACUAGCCUCAGGGUUGUUGGCUCCGAUUUGCUCCAUCUGCUGCUAUGGCUUGAUAAUCUCGGGAAAUUCGGGGUUAAGGAUUUGAGGGCUAGUAGCGGAGCCCUUACCAACAGCAUCUCAGCACCUCGUGCAUUCGUCGCAUUCGCCGUAUUGCUGGUCAAACUGGGAGCCCAAAAGCGACGACCUUGAAGUUAGGCGGCUGCGUCAUCGGGCGAAGACGAAGCCCAAUUACGCUAAGAGUUGCGAAUUCCUCUAGCUGGCGACAAGCCACGGUUGACGGAUGGGCAACCAGGACAACCCCCGGAUUAGCAUGAAGCUAAUUCUUCAUCUUCCAGCAUCUGAUGUCUCCAUCAAGUAAUGAGUCACGGGCCGGUCCCAUCGGCGCAGUCAGCGCGGUCCUGUGGUCUCCCCGGCUGAUCUGCCGCGUGUCGAACUCCGCUGCGGAAGCCCGCCUUGUGAAGCCCUGGGGGAAUUGCCGACUCGGCCGAAGCCAGCGGCCGAGACUAGCGACAGAUCCGAUCCAUCGCCAAGUCUAGGAGCACCGAUGAUGGUUGCUUUUGGGUUCUAGGGGGGGCGUCCGAACAUAUAAAUGAGAAGAACC